AUGUUUCAAAGACCCGUGUUAGGGGUAUUUCAUCAGUCUGUAAGAAGUGAGUCUGAAACUGCCAGCUUUGAUCCUGAAAGAUCUCUGAACUGUGUGCAGCUCCUUGGGACAGUGGGUCAGGACCCCGUCAUGAGACAGGUGGAAGGGAAGAACCCGGUCACGAUAUCUCUAGCAACGAAUGAGGUGUGGCGGUCAGGGGAGAGUGGAGCGCACCAAAUGGGUGCUGUCGGUCAGACGACAGAGCACAGAGUAUCAGUAUUCGGACCAGGCCUCAGAGACAUGGCGUAUCAGUAUGUGAAAAAGGGGUCCCGCAUCUACGUGGAAGGGAAACUCAACUACAGUGAAUACACAGGUAAACACAAUGUGGGGCCACAAGUGACAACAAUCAGAGCUGGUAAUAGUCUAUUUCUGGGUGACCUGACCAAAGAAAAGGCAUAG